AUGCCGUCGAUUGCCCUGGCUGGAGUUACCUUGGACUGGGCUGAUACCCUGGAAACAAUCUGCAUUGAGUCAGUUGGAAAGGGUUUUACUGAAUUCAAAUCGGUGCACACAUUAAGCGACGAUUUCGACUUUUCUUCCAACCCCAACGACAACGAAAAUGAAGAUUCAGAGAGCGACGACAAGAGCCAAGAAAGUGAAUCCCCUGCGAUUGACUUGUUUUCCCUCUCGGAGCAAGAUCUUGACGCUUUGGAUUACUACAAGGUGUUACAUCUGCCUUUCAAAGCCACUUUGUCUCCCGACGAUGUCAAGAAGGCGUAUCGCAAAGCCUGCUUAAAAUAUCACCCUGAUAAGUCAGGUCGGGGAGAAGAAGAUGCAGUGUUCCUCAAAGUGAAGGCUGCUUUCGAUAUUUUGAGCACACAAAAGCUUGCCUACGACUCUACAGAGAUGCCAUUUGACGAGAGUAUACCAGAUGAGAAAACCGACAACUUCUUCGAGGAUUUUGGCAGCUGCUUCCAAAGAAACCUUCACUUUGAUGCCAGAUUAUUGCCGACCUCAAACAAGAAGAGCAACAGAAGGAAAUCGCGUAGUUCCAGGACUAGCAUGCUGAAACCACUUUCAUUGGGGGACGAGUCUACACCGAUUGGUGAAGUAAAUCAGUUCUACGACUAUUGGGCUCACUUCGAGUCAUGGAGAGACUUUGGGAUGCAGGCCUCGCGAGAAUUAGAGACGCAGGACCAGCUGGAGCAGGCAGAAUCCAGAUAUGAGAAAAGAUGGUAUCAAAAGGAAAUUGACAAACGCGCCAAGAAAUUAAAGCAGCAGGAGUUGUCUAGAAUCACAACUUUACUGGAAAGGGCAAUGGCGGCAGAUCCACGUCUACUACAAGAGAAACAAAGGCUUAUCAGAGAGAAGGAAGAGAAACAAAGACGGCGAGAAGAAGAGGCGCUCGAGAAGAAACGGCAAGAAGAGGAAUCACGGCUUGCGGAGGAGCGGAAGCAAAAGGAAGUUGAAGAACGGAAGAAAGAGGAAAAACUACAACGCGAAAAGGAGAAGAAACUACUUCGAAAGACGAAGCAGGUUUUCAGACGCCAUGUUAGUGAAGCGUUGGCAUCUUUGCUGGAGUCCGAACAUGCAUUGGAAGACGAAGUCGAUAUGAUUUGUUCCACUUUAAAUCGGGAACAACUCACCAAGUUGAACACAAACCUGGACUCGAAGUCAUCACCAGGAGAAGUGCUAGAGCUCGUCCGGAAACGCGCGAACAAUGUGAAGAAUAUGGAAAAAGAGGCAGAAGAGGCACCUGUAGUAGUCGCAAGCACGACAAAUUCGGACAAAAGCGCCACAGGUCCCAAAAAGAAGCCCUUCACAAAAGAUGAAAUGUCUACAUUGGCAAAGGGUGUGAAAAAGUUCCCUCCUGGAGGAGCAAACCGUUGGGACCAAAUUGCUUCAUAUAUCAAUAAUGUUUGCCACCCAGAGAUGCCUCGAACGCGAGAAGAGUGCAUCGAAACAUUCAACCAGAAUAAGGCAUCCACGGCCAGUCGAAAUGGAACAAAUGCUGCUGCUGCAACGACAGAUGCACCGGCAACAGAUGGUGCUUCGACAGAAGAUUCCUGGUCUGACGAACAGGACAAGGCGCUGCAAGCCGCUCUUGCGAAGUUUCCUGCAUCAAUUGACAAGAAUGAGCGAUGGGCAAGCAUUGCCAAAAGUGUCGAGGGGAAAACCAAAAAACAAUGUGUCCAGCGGUUCAAAGUAAUCCGAGAUGCAAUAAAGAAUAGAAAGUGA